AUGACUUAUAGCUGCUACAAUGCGCUUUCGCGGCUCGACAUGCGCGUGCAUGUCUCGAUUCCCGGCACCGUCAAGAGCUACUUUGUCGACGAGCGCGGCGAGCAGAAAAAGGCGACCGACGACUUGUGGCUCGAGACGUACCUCUGCAGCGUGCUGCGCGCAUACUCCUACGCUGAUGACGGCAGCGGCGAAACGAUACGUAAGAUCAUGGGCGUGCGGCGUUUCAACCCUGUCACGAGUACCGAGACCGAGCACCGCUUCCUAAGCAGUGCCGAGCAGCUUUUCUUCCGAGGUUGGCAACUCGGCUCCGACUCAACCGUCCAAGUUCCCACCGCCGUCUCGAACCACCUUGUCAGCGGGCUCCUCAAAUACUUCGAGACAACCGGCCGUUACGCGUCCGGUAUCAACCUAUUCCAGAAACUGCAGACACAGAAUGUGGAGGUCGCCUCGCUCCUUGCAAAGGUGCUCUUCAUGGGCAACGAGGAGGUUGAGGGCGUGCGCGUCCUCUACGAGGCGCUCAAGCUGGAGCCAAUGGACCAUGUUAUGCUCGAUACACAAGCUGACUUCCUGCUGCGGAAAGCGCGCUCAGCUGCCAGCCCCGAGCAGAAAGAGGCCCGCUUGCGCAUGGCACUGGGCUGCGCCGAUCGUGGCACCAUUGCGGCACCGAGCGAGUUCGACACCUGGGCCCGCCUGGCCGAAGUAUACGUUGCCCAAGAAGACUGGGAGAAUGCGCUGACGACGCUCAACUCGUGCCCCAUGUUCACGUACCAAGAUAAGGACGCGCCGAUGAUGCCGGAGCCCAAGGACGUCACCCUGCCCAUUCUUCCCGAGACACGCCUCGACGAGAUCGACACGGAGAUGGAGCAACGGUUCAACGAGCAGGUCGAUCCCAGCCUGCUGAACCUGCGCGCAUCGGCCUACCGCGGCACGUUCAAGAAGGCGUACAAGAUUCUCACAGAAAUGACGGCCAAGAUCGGCUGGGACCAGCUACUGAAGAUCCGCAGCAACGUGUUUGUCAUGGAGGACGAGUACCGCACCGAGCGCAGGGAAGGCCCGCCGUCUGUGGCGUCGUAUCCGACAAAGUCGGGCAACGAAGCCAAUGGCAACAAUGCGAGCACAGACGCCCUUCGCGGCACGCCCGAUCGCCAGCCAAACGGCGACCAUCCGGACGACGACGACUCCAAAGCAAGCGAUGCGUCGGAAGACGAUGAGUCCAAGAUUGACGAUAGCGAAGAGACCAAGGCCGAGGAGGCCGGAGCCGAGGGCGUUGAUGGUCCCACCAUUGAGAAGCCGACAACGGCCGCCGACGCCGGUGACGGCAAGCCCGACGAGAAUGGUUCCACGGUCCCGACCGAAGAGCAGCUUUCGCGCCUCAACAACAAGCGGCUAUGCGAGCGCUGGCUCGAUAGCCUGUUCAUGGUCCUGUACGAGGACCUGCGUGUCUACACCAUCUGGCGGACCCAGAUGGCCCAGUACCGCGCCCAGUCUAUGCAGUACAAGAAGUCUGGCGAGGAGUGGGAGAUCCUCGGCAACUUGGCCGAGCGCCUGCAGCACGAGGACGAGGCGGUCGAGGCCUACCGUGCGUGUCUCGCCCAGCGCUUCAGCCCGCGUGCCCUGGCCGGCAUCCUGCGCGCCCUCAAGAAGACGCGCGGUGCCACGCCGGAGACGGUCGCUGCCAUCAUCCGACUCGUCACGUGGCAGUACCGGUGGUACUCGGGCUUCUCGCCGGAGUUGCUGCAGACGGUGCGGACGCUGAUUGAGGAAGAGGGCGGCGUCAAGGUGGGCAGCUUGAUCCAGGCAACCAACCUGCCGCAGCAUGUGCUGGACCUGACGCACCACUAUGCCGCCCUGUGUGCUACCUUCCACAGCUCCGGCACGGACGGCUAG